GUUGCAGGCACCCGCACACCGACUCUCCCGCCAUCGCCAUGGCCCAGCCGGGAAGACCCGCGUACAGCAGCCAGAAUGGGGCCGGGCAGCCGCCGCCACCGCAGCAGCUGUACAGCAACGGUCCUGUGCAGAGUCCACUGAUGAAUUCAUCACAGAGAUACAAUUCUUUGGUUCCAGGCACGUAUGCCCAGCAAAUGGCAACAAAGAAUCCUCUGCUUUCAUCUUCUGAACUGUAUAACCAUGGUGCAUCUCAGAAUGUUUCACGUUUUGGUAAUUAUCAGGGACCUGGGCAGACUCUUAGUAAAACACCUAUCGGAUCUACUUCCCUGGCAACAGCACAACCGGGGCCUGUUGCCCAAAUGCCUCCUCCAUUGCAGAACUCAGCUGCUAUAUCAACUUCUGCUGGUAGCUUUCAUUCUGGAGUUAAUCUCCCAGCACAUUCAAACUGGCAGUAUGGGCAGACUCCUUUGAAUCAGCCAACAAUGAUCUCUCAAGCAAACCAUUUUGCUCACACAGCAGCAACUCAGCCAUUGUCAUCAUCAGGGAAUACAAAUCUACCAGCAAGUUAUCAUGUUCCUUCCGCUGGAGGUCCUCCAGUUCAAAACAGCUAUUCAAGCCCAGGUUCUGUUCCUCUACCAGUUAAUCAGCUAACAUAUCCUUCAGUCAGGCCUCCUUUAGGACCUCCUACUGUUGGAAGUCCUGCCUAUACACAGCCCUUGGCUCCCCCGACAGCUCCACCACCAAGCAUUACAUCCCAAGCUGUACAAAACUCAGCAAGUACGCAAGAAGCAGGUGAUGCUACAUCCACUGCCAGUGAUGGAUCAUUGGUCCAAAACAAUUAUGAUACAAUAGAAGGUGGUGGUUUCCUAGCAACCACACAUACCCCUUCUGCCCCUCAGAAUCUUAAAAUGAAUAGACAUGUUGGGAGUGCGUAUCCUAGCUUGCCACCAGGCUACCAAAAUGCAUCUCUACCUGGAGCACCAAGAAUGCAGUAUCCAGGUGGACCACAGCAGUUCCCUCAUCCUGGCUUGGGAGCAAAUACCUUAGGUGCAUCUAUGGGUGGACUGAGUCUUCAACCAGAAGGAUUAAGACCUAUCAACCUUCUUCAAGACAGAAAUAUUCUUCCUGCAACUCCCUUGCAAGCACCUGUUCCAAUUUUGCAUGAAGAUAUACAGAAACUCAACUGUAGUCCAGAGUUGUUCCGAUGUACCUUGACUAACAUUCCUCAAACUCAGGCGUUACUGAACAAAGCCAAACUUCCUUUGGGUCUCCUGCUUCAUCCUUUCAAAGACCUAUCGCAAUUGCCUGUGGUAACCUCCAGUACAAUUGUGAGAUGUCGUAGCUGUAGGACGUAUAUCAAUCCUUUUGUCAGCUUCCUUGACCAAAGGAGAUGGAAAUGCAACUUAUGUUACAGAGUGAAUGAUGUUCCUGAAGAAUUUAUGUACAAUCCUGUGACGAGAGUUUAUGGAGAACCUCAUAAAAGACCUGAAGUUCAAAAUGCCACAAUUGAGUUUAUGGCUCCUUCUGAAUACAUGUUACGUCCACCUCAGCCUCCUGUGUACCUCUUUGUAUUUGAUGUGUCUCAUAAUGCGAUAGAAACUGGAUAUUUGAACACUGUAUGCAAGACCUUGUUGGAGAACCUAGAUUUACUCCCAGGAAACACUAGAACGAAAGUAGGCUUCAUAACUUUUGACAGCACAAUCCAUUUCUAUAGCCUUCAGGAAGGUCUCUCGCAGCCUCAGAUGUUAAUAGUUUCAGAUAUUGAAGAUGUGUUUAUACCAAUGCCAGAGAAUCUACUAGUAAACUUAAAUGAAAGCAAAGAGCUAAUUCAAGAUUUGCUGAGGACUUUGCCUGAGAUGUUUACUAACUCCCUGGAAACUCAGAGUGCUCUGGGACCUGCACUACAGGCUGCUUUUAAACUGAUGUCUCCCACGGGUGGUCGGAUUUCUGUGUUCCAGACACAGCUUCCAUCUGUUGGAGUAGGUGCACUUAAACCUCGCGAAGAACCUAACCAAAAAGCAUCUGCAAAGGAUAUACAUCUUACACCAUCUACUGACUUCUAUAAAAAGUUGGCUUUAGAUUGCUCAGGGCAGCAGGUUGCUGUUGACUUGUUUCUUCUUAGUGGGCAGUACUCUGACUUGGCUUCAUUAGGAUGUAUAUCAAGGUAUUCAGCUGGUAGUGUCUAUUACUACCAAUCUUACCAUCAGCAACAUAAUCCUCUUCUGGUGGAGAAAUUACAGAAAGAGCUUAAACGAUACUUGACUAGAAAGAUUGGUUUUGAGGCUGUCAUGCGGAUAAGGUGUACCAAAGGCCUUUCCAUUCAUACGUUCCAUGGCAACUUCUUUGUACGGUCAACAGAUCUCCUGUCUUUACCCAAUGUGAACCCAGACGCAGGAUAUGCUGUACAAAUGUCAGUGGAGGAAAGUCUGACUGAUAUGCAGGUGGUCUGUUUUCAGUCAGCCCUCUUGUAUACAUCUAGUAAAGGUGAAAGGAGGAUUCGUGUCCACACUCUGUGUUUACCAGUUGUUAGCCAGUUGAGUGAUGUAUAUCUGGGAGCUGAUGUGCAAGCUAUUACGGGGCUAUUAGCUAAUAUGGCUGUUGACCGGUCAGUUUCUGCUAGUCUGAGUGAUGCUCGAGAUGCAUUGGUGAAUGCUGUAAUAGAUUCCCUGUCUGCAUAUCGGUCCUCUGUCCUAACUAUCCAGCAGCCUGGUCUCAUGGCUCCCGUCUCAUUACGUCUCUUCCCAUUAUAUGUAUUGGCUCUCUUAAAACAGAAAGCAUUCCAGACUGGGACAAACGCACGUUUAGAUGAUCGCAUCUUUACCAUGUGUCAAGUGAAAAACCAACCUUUAGUGUACCUCAUGCUUAUGAUGCAUCCUAAUCUGUAUAGAAUUGACAAUUUCACAGAUGAGGGGGGCCUCAACAUCAAUGACAGAACAAUACCUCAGCCACCCAUUCUCCAAUUAUCUGUGGAGAAGAUAAACAGGGACGGUGCUUACCUUAUGGAUGCUGGCUCUGUCAUGUUUUUAUGGGUUGGGAAGAAUUGUGGACUGAACUUUAUCAACCAUGUCCUUGGAGUUCCAAACUAUGCAUCAAUACCACACAAUAUGACCCAUCUUCCAGAACUUGACACCGCUGAAUCUUCUAGAGUGUGUGCUUUUAUCUCUUGGCUGAGGGAGCAAAGGCCAUUCUUUCCUAUAUUGUAUAUACUAAGGGAUGAAAGUCCAUGGAAACCAAGUUUUCUACAAAACAUGAUAGAAGACAGAACAGAAUCUGCAUUAUCAUACUAUGAGUUUCUUUUGCAUAUUCAGCAGCAAGUGACUAAAUGAGCCCUUCUGUCACAUGGUUCAUCUGCUCAAAGGAACGUUCCUGUGUACAGGACACUUGUGCUUGUAAUGCUCCCGUAAAGUUUUUGGCCUGAUGCAGUUGACGAGAAUCUCACUGUGAUUUCCCCCCCAAAAAGCAAAGCAAAUAAAGGACCAUAGAAUCACAAGUACACUAUCGUGUAGUUGUACAUUAAACAAUUAAAAUCAAUUUGAACAUGUUCGAUGCCUUUAAUUUGCUGCAAAAUGUUUCACUGUAAGUAGUUGCGGCAUGAGUUAUCAAGGCGAUAUUGAAGAAAUGAAUCUUUAUAAAUUAGGUUUUUGUUCAAAAUGUGUUUUUAACCUUAUUUUUGUUUUUCUGCUUUGUUUUGCUGCUAGAAUUAAAACCUCCCAAGACUGAUUUGCAGGGAAACUAUAUUGUCUUGAUUAUAUAAUAUAUCACUAAUUAAGAAAUACAUUUUUAAAGGAGCAAUGAAACAAUUCAUUGUGAAGUGAACAAAAUAUUUACAUUUUUAAAAAUGUACUUAGUUUCCAGUGCUUUUUAAAAUGGAUUAUGAUGAGCAGGAUUAAAAGUGAACUUGAAGUAGUCUAUCUGGAUUAAAAAUGAAUCUGAAAUAAUUCAUUUUAAAAACUUUUUAGGAUGCAUCAGUAUUCUAGUAUCUGGAAGAACAAUGAAUCUGCAUUACGUCCAAUGAAAAUUAUAAUCAGUGACCUGAUUCAGUUGCGAAAGUGGUGAACAUGGAUCCCAGUCUUGGAUGUUAACGUGGUGUGUUUAGUUUUAAUUAAUUGAAAGUAAAUAGGGGAACAGACAGUUCAAGCAAAAGUCAUGAUCUUUUUAUGGAUUGUUUGGUUAAAUUUAAAGUCAUAUUUUUUAACAGAUUAAGGUUUUAUAAAAAUGCUUACUUUUGUCGUUAAACCAGAGGGGGUUAAUAUGCAGCCCCUAUGGCUGUUUCUGUGAUCCCUCAUCUUGGCCAAAAUCACAGCAAUUUUCUAAGGAAACAAGGCGUGCAAGGAGUGAAUGCUUUGUUUGCUAGCAGAAUCAUACUCCUGAAAGCUACUUACACAUGCUGCAGCAGCAGUUUCAGUGGGGUUGGGAGUGUAUCUCCCAGUGGGGGCAUUAUGGCUCCCUGACCCCUGGAAGUUGCCCACCCAUGAACUAAACCACAGUUCUCACCUCAUUAGAAGCAGUGUUGAGUAACUUGUCUGAAAUUCAGAAGAGCAUCUAAUCAAAUAGUAAUGUUGCCUUUUAAAGGUGGGAUGGGGGUGGAAAUGCAGGCAAGUAUUUUGUGGCUUUAAUGGGAAAGGUUUUCCGAAAUCCCACUUCAAUAGGCAAGAAGCCCAAAUACUGCAUAGUUACUGAGCACGUAGGAUAAAUGUUAGUUUUACUCAUACCCUGGAAACUACUGUGAAUUAAAUCAUGACAAAUAGUAUUAGUGUGUUUAUGACAUGUUCGUAUAAAUUGUCACAACAGGCAACCUGCAUUAGUAACAUCCUUCUUUAGUGGCAUAACUAAAGUGGUUGCCAUGGUUUUUUACUUCCCCUCCUACUGCACCCCCCACCCCACCAAGGACAGUAAAUUGGAAAUAUUUUCCUAUUGCAUUUCUUCCUUACCAUUAUUCCUUUUGUGGAAUUAUCUUUUGCAGCCAUUUUCAGACUAUUGCUUUUGUUCAGCUAAAGUUUCCUCAUUAGACCCUAUGAGUGAGAUCCAGAUCCGUGGUUCCAUUAACAAAAGGACACUAGAUUCCUUCCACUGGAAGAACAAAGAAUUUGGAUCCAACCCCUAAUGGUGAAAAAGCAUUGAAGUUCUCUAAGGAACUGUAGUGUUUAGAAACUAACAUUUCAAAUUGGCAUAAGAACUAUAUAGUUAUAACCUCAUUGCCUGCUAAUCUAUUCAGCUUGCCCGAGUGAUCUAUGAAAAGUUGCUUAUAGACUUGUUACUUUUAUGUUAGAGAGGGUCAAAAUCUCUCUUCAAAAGGGAUUAAAAUACUUGUUGAAAUCUGCUAAAUUUCAGUACCUUUUUGCUGGUGUCAUUCUUUUUAAAGCAGUAUUUUAAUUAUUUAAUGGUACGUUGUUAUAAUGGUAAUCCACCUUAGAAGCAUACGAUCAUAAUGAGAUGUGCACUUGUGAGUAAUGGAAAUCAUCCAUUUGGUGCCUCACCAUACUUCCUAAGCCUGAAUAUUUAUAUUUGAAUAUGGUUCCAUGGACUCCUCUAAACAAAAUUGUACUUGUUCACAUCAAUUGACCAAGAGCAAUCCACACACAGAAACAAGGCUCUGUGUGUAGCUUACCCUUCUGGUCCAGGUGUGUAUGUAAACAGAUGCUAUGCAUGGGUAAGCAUGCAUCCAGUCCCUUCUGCUGGAUGGGUCUUUACCUUUGCUGCAUACAUAUAAUGCUGACUAGCUGGUUGGUGUCAUUCUUGAGAGGGCUGUUUGUGUCAGGAAAACCUUAUGUGCUGCACCAUGCCAAGAAUUCUGCUGUGUACAAAGAUUUUUGUUUUUGAAUGUGGUUGUGGUGGACAUGGCUUAACUUUAUGUAAGCCACGAUAUUUAAAGUAGCCUACCAGAAAGAAACUUAUUUCAAGAAUACAUCCCUAACCACCAUCCCUUUAAAAUAUUUUAAAGUGAGCACAUUAUACUGUCUGAAUAGAAUGCUUUUUGGGAUGUUCAUACUCUUUUUGCAAUACUGAAUUUUCUAAUUUUAUUCCAUGUGAUGGAAAAAAUGACAUCUGCUUCAACUUGUAUUAAUACAAGUUUUUAAUGAUAGCAAUAGCAGGGCAGGCCCUUGGGUAAAACUGCCUGUGCUAUACUUUAAGUUACAACUGUCUGUUUUAAGAUCUAUAACAACUUAACCAGUCAAGAGUGGCCCUGAUGCUUCCAUAUUAGCAUGGCAGUCCACAGCAGAUGUUCUAUAUUUUUCUAGUUCAAGAUUUUUUAAACAAUUCAGUAUGAUCAAUAUGUUAAAUUCAGUCAUGCAUCAGCAUUUUAAUUAGCAUUUACUUUCCUGUAAUUUAUAUAAAUUUUGACUGUUUUGCAAUAAUAAGGAUGACAUUUCCUUUUAUUCAAAGUUAAUUUAACAGGAUAUAUAAUUAGAUACAGAAUGUUAAGGGACCAUCAAAUGUGACAAUGCUUCUGUUCACUAGUUACAGAUUAAAUCCUUAUAGUAAAUUUGAUUUUGUAAAGUAGUGUAAAAUAUUGUAAUAUUAAUCCUUGUUUUCUGAACUCAGACAUUGAUCUUCAGUGUGAAAUUGUAGACCAUGCUCUUCUGAAUUGGAGGCAAGGUUUUACUUGUUCCCCUUUUUACAGUUUGUAAUUUUCACUGUUUUAUUCCUGUAAAAAGUCAUUUGUAACACAUGCAAAUGCUUAUUUUAGCUGUGCUAAUUUAUCAAAUUUGGCUACUCAAUAAAAUUAAUUGAAAGAGCUUACAUAGAA